AUGUCAUCAGCGUCUUUAACUUUAAUAAAUACAUUUUUUGGACAGCUGACGAUAUGUAUUUUCGAGAUUUUCGUCCAAAGCGAGCUUGUUUUACAGGAGGCUUUUAUACUCAGAGCUCUCGAGCUGACAUGUUCACAUUCACUCAAACGAACGACGAUGAUUCAACUAUCGAUCGAUAUUGAUUCCGAACGAGAAAGAGUUUGUGCUGCAUGGAAUCCCACUAAAUGCGACAUUUCAUUCCGAAAUUAUUUCGAUCUCAUAAUUUUAUGUGAAUGUUGCACGGAAUAA